AUGGCCACCGAAACCAUCACCCAAACCGCAUCACCAGCUCAAAUCGAUUCUCUAGAAUUCCCCAACCUGCCACCCUUCCCAUCCAAUGUCCCUAUCGCGCCUCUACACCGGCUCUCACUAUCGAAACUCCGCCGCGACGCUACCGAAUCCGAGCGGCUCUUCUCCGCCUCCAAAGAUCUCGGCUUCUUCUACCUCGAUCUGCGCCAGGAUGCCGAGGGGGAACGCCUGCUUGAUGAAGCGGAUAAGCUAUUCGGGCUCGGCCCGCAGUUAUACGACCUGGGUAGGGAAGAGCUGCAGAAAUACGAUUAUAAAUCGCUGGGGAGCUAUAUGGGUUACAAGGGGUUUGGCUCAGCGAUUGUUGACGAGCAGGGGAAUCUGGACCGGAACGAGUUUUACAACAUCCCCAAAGACGACUUUUUGGGAAUUUCCAAGACGCCGUUCGCGCACCCCCGGCUGCUCUACGACAACGCCCCUCUGAUCCAGGACUACAUGCGACAUGCCCACGCCCUCGUAUCCCUCAUCCUCGACCAUCUGAAUACCCACCUCCACCUCCCGCCCCACACCCUCACCUCUCUACACCGCCAGACCGAAAUCUCAGGCGAUCAGAUCCGCAUCGUGAAAUCGCCUCCCCAGCCGCCAUCGGACCUCAAGACCGCUUUGGGGAAACACACUGAUUUCGGCAGCAUCACCAUCCUCUUCAACCGCAUCGGCGGCCUGCAGAUCCUGCCCCCGCCCUCCCUGACCCCGCCCGGCCGCGAGCCCGAGUGGACGUACGUCAAGCCGUUGCAGGGGCAUUGCAUCGUCAAUCUAGGGGACGCGAUGGUGAAAUUCACGAAUGGGUUGCUGAGGUCCAAUAUUCACCGUGUCGUGUCGCCGCCGGGAGAGCAGGCCAGUGAGACGAGGUAUAGCUUGGUGUAUUUUGCGAGGCCCGAGGACGAGGUCGUGUUGAAGAGGUUGGAGGGCAGUGAUGUUAUCCCGCCGCUGCAGGAGGGGCAGGAAGAAGAGGGCAUGAAUAGUAAGGAGUGGAUUAAGCUCCAGGCGAUGAGAUUGCGGAAUACGCAGCGUAUGACGCCGGAGGAGAGGAAGAAACUGUGGGAAGAGAGUGGUAGGGGUACUUGA